AAUAGUUAUGCCUUUUUUAUUUUAUUUUGUUCCUUGAAAUAUAAAGUUUGGCAUAUGGGUUGUAUAAAUGCUUAGAAAUGGCAGUAUAUAAGGUCUUCCACUCUUUGUGGUUUUUAAAGUAAACUCUCACUUUUGAGGGUAAACAUCGCAAGAACUCUAUAUAGUAGACUGCAUAGUUAUUCAAAUGAUUGCUUUUGGUUAGAAUUGGAAUCAAGUUGUUUAUCUCAAGAAAGUUAAUGAAGUCUGAAUAGUUUGCUCUGGUAAUAAUAUUUAUUUAUUCUUUUUGCCUUCUCUUUUAACACUCUUUCUAUGUCCUGUAGGAUAAAUGUCAUGACAAAGUUCUGUUGUUUUUAGGGAUAAUUGGCAGAAUUCUGUGUGCACUUGCUUUGGGGUCGGGUUAAUGGCUGCACACAUUGGAGUCAUAUCCCCUUCUACCUUCUUCCCUUCACUCCGUUGCCUUCCUCAUCACUAUAUAACCAAAACCAAACCUUUGAUUUUGGCUAGUAUGAGCAAUGAUCCAAUACGUGAGUGGAUUCUUUCUGAAGGAAAAGCCACACAGAUAACCAGAAUCAAUCCUAUUGGUGGAGGUUGUAUCAAUCUUGCUAGUCGCUAUGACACUGAUGCUGGCUCUUUUUUUGUUAAAACAAACAGGAGUAUUGGACCAUCAAUGUUUGAAGGAGAGGCUCUUGGUUUAGGAGCAAUGUAUGAAACCAAGACCAUUCGUGUGCCUCAACCAUUUAAGGUUGGAUCAUUGCCCACCGGUGGUUCUUUCAUCAUUAUGGAAUUCAUUGAAUUUGGAGCUUCUAGAGGAAAUCAGUCUGAUCUAGGGAGGAAGCUUGCUGAAAUGCAUAAAGUAGGAAAAUCCAGUAAAGGUUUUGGUUUUGAUGUUGAUAACACCAUUGGCAGCACCCCACAGAUAAACACCUGGUCAUCAGAUUGGAUUCAGUUUUAUGGUGAGCAUAGAUUGGGUUAUCAACUUAAGUUAGCACUGGACCAGUACGGUGACAGAACUAUAUAUGACAAGGGGCAAAGAUUGGUAAAAAGUAUGGGGCCCCUUUUCGACAAUGUGGCAAUAGAGCCAUGCUUGCUACAUGGAGACCUCUGGAGUGGAAAUAUCUUCUCUGACAAGAACGGGGAGCCUGUUAUAUUGGACCCAGCAUGUUAUUAUGGACACAAUGAGGCGGAAUUCGGAAUGUCCUGGUGUGCUGGCUUUGGAGGAUCAUUCUAUAAUUCGUAUUUUGAGGUGAUGCCCAAACAGCCAGGAUUUGAGAAGAGGAGAGAUCUUUACAUGCUGUAUCACUACUUAAAUCAUUAUAACCUCUUUGGUUCCGGCUACCGGUCAUCAGCCAUGUCCAUAAUAGAUGAUUACCUGGCCAUGCUGAAAGCUUAGUACAUUGUUGAUAAUAAGCUAGCAUGUAGAGAAUGAGGUUCUUGUCCUGCACAUAUUGCCAUGCGGCUCAGGCUUAUCAUUGCGUUCUGCUAAUUUCGGUAGCGUUGUCUCCUCCAUUUAUGUAGCUACAGUUUCGGGUAAGCUUCAUGUUUUAUUCUUGAAUGGGGGAGUCUGGUUUGGGAUAAUGUUUCUCUCGCGUGUCUAUAUAUAUUAUAUAGAUACAUGUAUAUCGUCUGGCACCGUGAACAUUUCGACAUGAUCCCUCUUGUUGUACUCUUUGGUCCACGAUGAAAGGCAAAGCCUCCACUAUUUCCAGUAA